GCGCGCGGCCAGUGGGGCCGCGGGAGCCGCAGAGCGCGCGUGGGUGUGGCGCCCGUGAGCUCCCGGGAGGGUUGAGCGAUCGGAGAAAGAGAUUUCCCCUUUCUCUGCCCCGCCACCACGGUAGCGGCUUUCCGCCGUGGGGCGGGGCCCGGGCUGGGGGCGGGGCGCCGGGCGGGCGCGGCGCUAUUUCCAGCCUCGCCGGAGGCUUCGCUCGCACUUCGCUGCGAGCCUUCCCGGCGCUGGAGCCGGAUCCGGUGGCACCGCGGGGAGGAGACAGGACCGGGCGGUGGCGGCGGAGACAGGGGACGCAACCAGUGCUGGGGAGACCCAAUAGGAGCACGCAGCCGCAACCUCUCCCGCGCGCUCCGGCCGCCGACUCCACGCCGACCGUCCACUCCCAGGACCUAGGACUACGCAAAGAAAGAGACCCAGCGCCCGGGAGGAUCCUCCUGCCGCCAAGAACCGCGCCGGACCGGAGGAACCCGUUGCCUGAAGAGCACCGGUCGCACCAGAGCUCAGCCCGAUGGAUGUCUGGUGUGGAUAAUGAGGGAAGAACGUGCCUUUUACACCCGAGAGGUGACCCAGGAGCGUGCCCCAGAUGACCCCACGACUUGGAACAAUGCGGCUAGCCUGCAUGUUCUCAUCCAUCCUGCUGUUUGGAGCUGCGGGCCUCCUCCUCUUCAUCAGCCUACAGGACCCUGUAGAGCUCAGCCCCGAGCAGGUUCCAGGCAUGAAGUUCAGCAUCAGGCCCCAGCAUGAUGGCCACUUGAGGAUACCCACAGAAAGGGUCACACGAGAUUCACCUAGCCGGUCCCCAAGAGGUCUUCAGCUGCAGGUGCCUGACCAGCCUCGACCUCACCCAAAGGCAAGGGCGGCGGGGUCUCCUUUGCGACUCCGGCAGCGCAGACGGAGACUACUCAUCAAAAAGAUGCCAGCUGCAGGGACCACCCGAGGCAACAACUCAUCCGAGACCUUUGUCCAGCCGAGACCCCACACCAUGGACAGUCGCUGGGUCAGCCUGCACCAGAGCCAGCAGGAACGCAAACGCGUGAUGCGAGAAGCCUGUGCCAAGUACAGGGCCAGCAGCAGCCGCAAAGCCGUCACUCCGCGCCACGUGUCCCGCAUCUUCGUGGAAGACCGCCACCGCGUGCUGUACUGUGAGGUGCCCAAGGCAGGAUGCUCCAACUGGAAGCGGGUGCUUAUGGUGCUUGCAGGGUUGGCCUCCUCCACUGCGGAUAUACAACACAACACUGUCCACUACGGCAGCGCCCUCAAGCGCCUGGAUACGUUCGACCGUCAGGGUAUCGUGCACCGCCUCAGUACCUACACCAAGAUGCUCUUUGUCCGGGAACCCUUUGAGAGGCUGGUCUCCGCCUUCCGAGACAAGUUUGAGCAUCCCAACAGCUAUUAUCACCCUGUUUUUGGCAAGGCUAUCCUGGCCCGGUAUCGGGCCAACGCCUCACGGGAGGCACUGCGGACUGGCUCCGGUGUACAGUUCCCCGAGUUCAUCCAGUACCUGCUGGAUGUCCACCGGCCCGUGGGCAUGGACAUCCACUGGGACCAUGUUAGCCGUCUGUGCAGCCCCUGCCUCAUCGACUAUGACUUCGUGGGCAAGUUUGAGAGCAUGGAGGAGGAUGCCAACUUCUUCCUGCAUCUCAUCCACGCGCCUGGGAACCUGACCUUCCCGAGGUUCAAGGACAGGCACUCCCAGGAAGCUCGGACCACCUCGAGAAUCACCCAUCAGUACUUUGCUCAGCUCUCUUCCCUGCAGCGGCAGCGCACCUACGACUUCUACUAUAUGGAUUACCUAAUGUUCAACUACUCCAAGCCUUUCUCGGACCUGUACUGAGGGGUGAGGCCUGCUGGUCGGGGGAGGGCUUUGUCUGCCCACUCACCUGUGCAUAGGCACCUCCCACCCUCUAGGAGCUGAGCUAUCUAUAGUACGGGGCUUGGAGGAUGUGAGGUGUGGUGGCUGUGCCCCUAGGUGGGGGACAGAGGCCCAGACAUUGGACCUUGACUCUUGUCCUACACCCAUUUCUUCUCUGGAUUGGCUGAGCUUGGUACGGAGUGUUAAGACGGAUGCUCCAAGAGCUCAGCCAAGAUGCUGACCAGGGAAACCUGAGGGCCCCAGCGGUAGGG